CCCGCCCCGGCCGGGGAGGACCGUGUGAAAAUGAGGCCGGGGCUCGGGGGCCAGGCGGGGCCGGGCCGGGGGUGUCAGAGCGCAGCGGGCAGGGCGCCCGCACACACCUCCCAGAGUCUCCACCGUGCUUGCCCGCGCGCCGCCGCCUCUGCCGGCAGCAGCCGCGCCUUCCAUGGGGGUCGCGGGCCGCGGCUGUCCCGGGGCAGCUCGGGUGCUGCUGCCGCUGCUGCCGCUGCUGCUGACCACAGCUUUCCCUCCUUGCUGGGGCCGCGCCCCAGGGCCGCCGGAAGAUGUGGACGAGUGUGCCCGAGGGCUAGAUGACUGCCACACCAAUGCCCUGUGUCAAAACACAGUCCCCUCCUACAAGUGUUCCUGCAAGCCUGGCUACCAAGGGGAGGGCAGGCAGUGUGAGGACAUUGAUGAAUGUGAAAACGAACUCAAUGGAGGCUGUGUGCAUGACUGUUUGAAUAUUCCAGGCAAUUAUCGCUGCACUUGUUUUGAUGGCUUCAUGUUGGCUCAUGAUGGUCAUAAUUGUCUUGAUGUGGACGAGUGCCUAGAGAACAAUGGCGGCUGCCAGCACACCUGUGUCAACGUUAUGGGGAGCUACGAGUGCCGCUGCAAGGAGGGGUUUUUCCUGAGUGACAAUCAGCACACAUGCAUUCACCGCUUAGAAGAAGGUCUGAGCUGUAUGAAUAAGAAUCACGGCUGUAGUCACAUCUGCAAGGAGGCCCCGAGGGGCAGCGUCGCCUGUGAAUGCAGGCCUGGUUUUGAGCUGGCCAAGAACCAGAGAGACUGCAUCUUGACCUGUAACCAUGGAAACGGUGGGUGCCAGCACUCCUGUGAGGACACGGCUGAAGGCCCAGAGUGUAGCUGCCAUCCACAGUACAAGAUGCACGCCGAUGGGAGGAGCUGCCUUGAGCAAGAGGACACUGCCCUGGAGGUGACAGACAGCAAUGCCACAUCCGUGGCGGAUGGGGACAAACGGGUGAAACGGCGGCUGCUCAUGGAAACGUGUGCUGUCAACAAUGGAGGCUGCGAUCGCACCUGUAAGGAUACUUCGACAGGUGUUCAUUGCAGUUGUCCUGUUGGAUUCACUCUCCAGUUGGAUGGAAAGACCUGUAAAGAUAUUGAUGAGUGCCAGACCCGCAAUGGAGGUUGUGAUCAUUUCUGCAAAAACACCGUGGGCAGCUUUGACUGCAGCUGCAAAAAAGGAUUUAAAUUAUUAACAGAUGAGAAGUCUUGCCAAGAUGUGGAUGAAUGCUCUUUGGACAGGACCUGUGACCAUAGCUGUGUCAACCACCCUGGCACGUUCUCAUGUGCUUGCAACAAAGGGUACACCCUUUAUGGCUUUACCCACUGUGGAGACACCAACGAGUGCAGUGUCAACAAUGGAGGCUGUCAGCAGGUCUGUGUGAACACAGUGGGCAGCUAUGAAUGCCAGUGCCACUCUGCAUACAAGCUCCACUGGAAUAGAAAAGACUGUGUGGAAGUGAAGGGAGUCUUGCCAACUAGUGUAUCACCCCACGUGUCCCUGCAUUGCGGUAAGAGUGGCGGAGGAGACAGGUGCUUCCUCAGAUGUCACUCUGGCAUUCACCUUUCUUCAGGACUGCAAGAGGCCUACUCUGUCACCUGCGGCUCUUCUUCUCCUCUCAGGAACAAACAGCAAAAAUCAAAUGACUCUGCUUUUGGGGAUGUCGCCACCAUCAGGACAAGUGUAACCUUUAAGCUAAAUGAAGGCAAGUGUAGUUUGAAAAAGGCUGAGCUGUUUCCCGAGGGUCUGCGACCAGCACUACCAGAGAAGCACAGCUCAGUAAAAGAGAGCUUCCGCUACGCAAACCUUACAUGCAGCUCCGGCAAGCAAGUCCCUGGAGCCGCUGGCCGACCAAGCACAACUAAGGAAAUAUUUAUCACUGUUGAGUUUGAGCUUGAAACUAACCAAAAGGAGGUGACAGCUUCUUGUGAUCUGAGCUGCAUCGUAAAGCGAACAGAGAAGCGGCUCCGGAAAGCGAUCCGCACGCUCCGGAAGGCUGCCCACAGGGAGCAGUUUCACCUCCAGCUCUCAGGCAUGGACCUCGAAGUGGCGAAAAAGUCUCCCAGAGCAUCUGAACGCCGGGCAGAACCCUGUGGAGUGGGCCAGGGCCACACAGGAAACCAGUGUGUCAGUUGCAGGGCUGGGACAUAUUAUGAUGGAGCACAAGAACGCUGCAUUUUAUGUCCAAAUGGAACCUUCCAAAAUGAGGAAGGACAAAUCACAUGUGAACCGUGCCCAAGACCAGAAAAUCCUGGGGCCCUAAAGACCUCAGAAGCUUGGAAUGUAUCUGAAUGUGGAGGUCUCUGCCAACCUGGUGAAUAUUCUGCAGAUGGCUUUGUACCCUGCCAGCUCUGUGCCCUGGGCACAUUCCAGCCUGAAGCCGGCCGUACUUCCUGCUUCUCCUGUGGAGGAGGCCUCCCCACCAAGCACCUGGGAGCCACUUCCUUCCAGGACUGUGAAACCAGAGUUCAGUGUUCACCAGGACACUUCUACAACACCACCACUCACCGAUGUAUUCGCUGCCCAGCAGGAACAUAUCAGCCAGAAUUUGGAAAAAAUAGUUGUGUUUCUUGCCCAGGAAAUACUACAACUGACUUUGAUGGUUCCACAAACAUAACCCAGUGUAAAAACAGAAGAUGUGGAGGGGAGCUAGGAGAUUUUACGGGAUAUAUCGAAUCCCCCAACUACCCAGGCAAUUACCCGGCCAACACUGAGUGUACGUGGACCAUCAACCCACCUCCCAAGCGCCGCAUCCUGAUUGUGGUCCCUGAGAUCUUCCUGCCCAUAGAGGACGACUGUGGGGACUACUUGGUGAUGCGGAAAACCUCUUCAUCCAAUUCUGUGACGACAUAUGAGACCUGCCAGACCUAUGAACGCCCCAUCGCCUUCACCUCCAGAUCCAAGAAGCUGUGGAUUCAGUUUAAGUCCAAUGAAGGGAACAGUGCCCGAGGGUUCCAGGUCCCAUACGUGACAUAUGAUGAGGAUUACCAGGAACUCAUUGAAGAUAUAGUUCGAGAUGGGAGGCUCUAUGCAUCUGAGAACCAUCAGGAAAUACUUAAGGAUAAGAAACUGAUCAAGGCGCUGUUUGAUGUCCUGGCCCACCCCCAGAACUAUUUCAAGUACACGGCCCAGGAGUCCCGGGAGAUGUUUCCAAGAUCUUUCAUCCGACUGCUGCGUUCCAAAGUGUCCAGGUUUUUGAGGCCUUACAAAUGAGUCUGCCCACGGGCCACCCAGUACCACGUCCUGCCUGUGGGCUGGUGGGACACAGCCGUCUGCUUCUGCAGCCAGCAUAGUCGGAUAUUGCUGUCUCCAGUUGCAGUGACUCGUUAGAGUUCAAUUUUUAUAGAUAAUACAGAUAUUUUGGUAAAUUGAACUUGGUUUUUCUUUCCCAGCAUUGUGGAUGUGGACUGAGAAUGGCUUUGAGUCACACCCACUUCUCAUUGCUGUGGGCAGAUGUCUUGGAUACAUCAAGGUCUGGCUGAGCUGGACCUCUGUCAGCUCAGGUGAGACUCAUCUGUCCUUCCUGGCUUUCAUUCCUUCUAAAGCGGGCUGUGGUGGAAAGCAGGUGACAGAAGGGGUUGCAGUUAUCUGAAACUUCCGCUUCCUCUGGCCCAACCCUCCCUAAGGGAGCCCUCUGCCCCUAGGUACAGUCUCUGACCAGGUAGAGCAGGAAGGGAGGGAGGAAGGGAGAGCCCUCUAGGCGCCAUCCACACACCUGAGACCUGCGAGGACUCCAUUUCUCCACAGCCUUCUCCUCUAGUCUGUGAUCCCAGGAGCUUGAAUUCUAAGCAUUGAUCAUUAAAAUAUACUUAAAGCAGAAAGAAUUAGAAAUAAACAACUAAGCUUUCCUCAGACAUCAUGCUGUAGGCCAGUUGAUGGCCUUCCUCGUUGCCAGGUUCCACCCUGUGGCAAUGCCCAAGGCAGGUCUUUAGCACCAGCUGUGCCUCUGGACACUGCUGGGCAUGGUGUUCAGGCUUGGAGAGUUCAGGUUGGACAUGAUCUCUUUGGUGGUUGAGAAUCACUGCCCUACAAGAAAAGGAGAUUUAACAAAUCUUAGUCAGUACUACCAAGGGUCCUCUUUCCACAGUGGGCUUCCCUCCAUGGGUGUCCGAGGUCCAGGUGGGCCGUGUUGGGGGUCAGCCCGUUAUGCCUGCCUUCCUUCCCCAUUUCCCAAGGUCAGAGACUGACUCAGCUCCAAGGACAUGAGCAGCACCGCUAAGGGUGGUCUUAUUCUUCAUGGUCGCACCGUUGCCGGAAGCAGCUCUGCACAUCCGGGCCUCUAAGUCAGCACAGCAGGGUCUCACAAUCCUCUUCUUCCACAGGAACUUGAAUUUUCAAUGUUACUACAGUUUUAAAAAUUUAAAUCCACAGGCAAAAAUCUCCUUACAGUGAAUAAAAAAGAAUCCUAUCAAACAAACUGCCAUUUCCCUAAUGCAUGGGCUUAGUAAACACAAACAUAGUAUUUUAUUUCAGUAACAAACUAUACACACAAUACACCAUUCUAAAGUACUGAAAAAUGGUUAGCAAAUAUUUUUAAAGAAAAUGAAGACUAUUUCAUUGUUGUUGAAACUCGCUUUUUACCUCAGUGGUUUUGUUUUUUUUAUCUAUUGAUAACAUCGGUUUGAAAAAAGAAAACUCUAAUCGAACUUUUCUUCUUUCUUUGGAUGGGCCCUAAAUACCCAUUUCCAAAUUACUCUUCAAAAAUUUGAACAUCAUCAUAUUUUACAAUAAUCAUUAAAACAAGCACUUGGAAUUGAUAAUACCCAACUUUGCCUACAAUUUCUGAGUCUAACCAGAAGAUGAAAAUUCACAUGUAAUAUAAACUGAGUCAUUGACCUGACUGAUAUGGAGGUGAGAUGAGCUAAACCGGGCCAUCCUGUCCAAGCACAUGAGUAACUUUCUGCUCACGACUGUGUGAAUCUGUACUGCUGAUUUCACAAGAAAGCUAGGGAUGGCAAUACGCUGGGGGUUGGCAGAAGGCUGCAUAACCUGGUCUCUGUGAGGCGUCCUCCAGGAGCAGCCCCGUGCACCAGAGCUGUGCACCUCGUACAAGCAUGAGCUGCUGAGACCCUCCUGACGCUUCCUCUCUAUACCAGUCCACCACCCUAACUGGUGGUAUGGUCCUGUUGGAAAGCUGGCCGGCUGAGGCUACGGUUGCCACCUGCUAAAUCAUCUGCUCUGUGCCAGGCACUUCUCUAGGCCCUAGGGAUGCAGAGUGACAAGACAGACGAGGUUCUUGCCCUCAUGGAACUUACAUUUUAGAGGGAGGAGACAGACAGUGAACAACUAAGUCAUCAGCUAGUGGUAAGUGCUGUGUUGAAAAUUAAAAUAAGUUAACCUAACAGGUUAACCACUUUAGGAUUGUGGAUUGUGGAUGGCCUCUCUGGGAAAUGACAUUUCAGCUGCAAACUAAAUAGCGAGAAGGAAUCAGCCUUGAGAAGAUCAGGGGAAAGAGCAUUCCAGAGAGAGGAAAGCCAAGAGCAAAAGCUGUCAGGCAGGGACAAACGUGUGUGGAUCACAGUCUAGUGAGAAGGCAAGUGGUAUGAGAUGAGGUCGGAGCACGCCAAGCGUUGGAAUCCAGAAUGAGGGGUUCAGGUUUAAUUCUAAAUACAUUGUGAAGCUUUUAGAGGGGUUUAAGCAGAGGCAUGAGAGAUCUGAUUUAUGUUUUUAAAGGAUAGCUCUGGUUGCUGUAUGAAGAAUAGAUUUUAGAAAGUCGGCAUGGAUGCAGAGAGCAGUUAACGAGCUAUUGCCACCAACCACGCAGUCAUCCAGGUGGAGCGGAGGUUGUGUGGGUUACGGUCGUAGUAGAGAUGAUCGAGUAGCAGAACUCUGGACAUGUUUCAGGGGAGAGUCAACAGAACUUGCUGAUAGGAUUGGAUGGAAGGGGGAGGGAAAGACAGUAGCCAAAGAUGACUCAUAGUUGCCUGAGCAACUGAUAGAUGGAGACUUCGGGAUGGAGCAGGUUCGGGACAUGUGACAGUUUUAAAACAUGUCUGCAAAUUCUUUGAUGCUCCUUCCUUGGAAAGUUGGGGGUCUCUCCCCCUUCCCCUUGAAUCUGGGCUCUGUGACUACUUGAGCAAUAUAUGGCAGAAGUAACGUUUUACCAGUUUCCGGGCCCAGGACUUAAGAUAUUGGCAAUUUCCUCUUCCUUUCCUUGGGAAACUCACACUGGGAACUUAGUCCCCAUACCUUAAGGAAGCCAUAGCACAAUGUGGAGAGAAACCGAGCCCUGGCCCCCCUUUUUCGCCCCCCCACCCCAGCUGAGCUCUCAUGUGACAGCUAGCAGAACUUGCCAGCUAUGUGACUGAGCUGUUAGGAAUCGAUUCUCCAGCCUCAAGUAGAGCUUCCCCAGCUGAUGUUCCAUGGACCAGUCCCCUUUAAGCCAAAAUUACAGGCUUGUGAACAAAAUCAGUGAUUUAUCGUCAUUUUAAGUUACUAGGUUUUGGGGUGAUUACUUAUGCAAUAAGACGUUGGGAAAAAAGAGAAGAUCAAGAGCAACUUUGGCCAUUCUAAGUAUGAGAUGCCUGUUCGAUAUCCAAAUGAAGAGUUCAAAUAGGCACUUGGUUCUGUGACGCCCCAGGAGAGGUCAAGGCUAAAUAUGAAUUUUAAUGUCACAGAAUACAGACAUGAAACUGGUUGAGGUCACCUGGGAAAGGUAUGUAAAUAAAAGAAGACGAGGGAGCUCUGAAUUCUGGGAUUCCCUCUGUGGCCAUGGGGACCAGGAUUUAGGGGAGCUGCAUAUUAAGUAAACAGGAAGCGGUCAGAGCUGAGUUUCACCUUCCCUCCAAGAGAGCUAGUUCUGUGGGAAAGCUCUGUGGGAGUGGAAUCUGGACAGGUCCUUCCUUCCAGCUGUAGAUAUUGUUCUUGAGCCAUUUACUAAAGUGCUACAUGCAUGGAUUU